UUCUCUCUCUUUCUCUCAUCACGCCCUUUUAUUUUCUCCUCCUCCUCUGAAUUUAGUACUUCCUCCUUUGCCAUCUAUAGCACAAGAACCCAGACAUUAAAACCCAGUUCUUUUUCUUUUUUUGGUUUUGAAGGAACGGAAAAAGGGUUGCUUUUUUAAACAGCCCAGAAGGGAGAUUUUUGUUUGGGAUCAGCAGUUCUAUAUUUUUUUUUUCCUGGUGGGAGGGGGUUUGUCUUCUGGGUUUUGAUUUUGAUCAAUUGGGUUCUUUCUUUCUUCUGUCUGAGGAGGAAAAAUGGGGAGGGGGAAGAUUGAGAUAAAGAGGAUCGAGAAUGCAAACAGCAGGCAAGUUACAUUCUCCAAAAGACGUUCUGGGUUGCUCAAGAAGGCUCAGGAGCUCUCCAUCCUCUGUGAUGCUGAAGUUGCUGUCAUAAUCUUCUCGAAUACUGGCAAGCUCUAUGAGUUCUCCAGUUCUGGAAUGAAACAGAUACUAUCAAGAUACAACAGGUGUCAAGAUUCUCCAGAGUCCACUGUUAUAGAAUACAAGCCAGAGUCUACGAAAGAAGAUGAUAAGGUGGUAGACACCCUUAAAGAUGAAAUCGCAGAGCUGCAGAUGAGACAAUUAAGGCUACUGGGCAAGGACUUGAAUGGCCUGAGCAUAAAGGAAUUGCAGCACCUGGAACAGCAAUUGAGUGGGGCUUUAUCAUCCGUCAAGGAGAAAAAGGAGCAAUGGCUUCUGGAGCAGCUGGAGCGAUCAAGAUUACAGGAGCAGAGGGCUAUGCUGGAGAAUGAAACUCUGCGCAGACAGGUUGACGAGCUUAGAGGUUUCCUUCCAGCUACCCGUCAUCUUGAAUAUCAUCCAGAGAAAAGGAGGAAAGCCCUCAACAACUCUGGCUCUGGCAGUCCUGAUAAGGCCUGCAAUCGCACAGCUGAAAAUGGAGAUUCUGACACAACGUUGUAUCUAGGGCUGCCAUUUGAUGUAUACCACAAAAGGAGCGUGUCCGACAAAGAGAACUACAGCAGCAAAGGGUGUCAAAAGGGCCUGCCCUGAUUUGCUUUUCGUAUUGUUGUCCUUCAUUACAGUAGGAGCUAUGGUUUCCUAGACGGAUGUCAAAACAGUUAAUGAGAUUGAUGCAUCGUUUUAGAAACUAAGAAAAAAAUCAAGAUCUCAGCUUUAUUCCUCCCUCAUUUAUAGAAGGGAGAGGGACAAUUUCUCCUCAGGAUGUUCAGAAGGCUAGGCGUUUGCCAAUCUGUUUUCGAGAGGUGGCUUUGGGAAUCGCAGAUUGUAGGCUUUUGUUGGGGCCUAAAUUUAAAGUUCUUUAUUAGCCAAA